UUACACACAGGUGAACGCGGGUGACUAAGAUAGUUGAGAUAUAUUUGGCUGGAAGUAGAAACGUUACGUUAAGAGUUUACCCAGAUACAUUGGAACAACAGAGAUGUAUCGAACUCUUUUACUUUUCUUAGUGGUGGCCUGGUCAGUGACAGUAUAUGGCCAAUUACCUGAAAUCGUGGGUGAGAUUUUCCCUGAAGUGAAACCUAAAGGAAGUACAGGAUACCUUAACUGUACAGUCGUAAACAAACAGGAUGGUCAGAAGGUGUGUUGGCAGAAGGGGAAGAUGGAAGGUAUUGACACAUUUGACAUCAGCGAAGAUGAUCGUAUCCUUGUGGCAAACAACAUUGCUCAGGGUGAGAGGGAGGACUCCGGAGAACCCAAGUAUGAGAUCAUAGUGACGAAUCUUGGACUGCGUAUAAGAUACACACUUAUUGUACGAGUUCUCUCCGACGAGGAUUCUGGGUUCUACACAUGCUUCAUACGUCAACAGAAUCAGAACUGGCAAACAUGGCCAAGCAAACUCGGGGAACUCAUGGUUCAAGUGGCCCCAAGUAUGUCUGUGACUAUGGAGAGCGUGUACGAGAGACAAAUCGGCGGAAACAUCACCCUUACAUGUCUCACCUUUGGCAACCCAGCACCUAACAUUACGUGGAAGAGAGAAGACGGAAAAUACCUCCCCGAUGACAAAUCACAGUCAUGGGGUGCUGAUCUGAAACUUAUCAAUCUUAAAAAGAAAGACCGUGGAAACUACAUUUGUGUAGCAGACAAUUCUGUGAGACCCCCAGCACGAUUUACAGUUGAAGUGAAAAUAUUUUACUCUCCCACCUGUUUUGCCGUUCAGAACACAGUUGGACAGGCUCAAAACCGACGAUUCAAUGCCAAACUGGAGUGUAUUGUGGAAGGUUACCCAACUCCUAGCAUGCACUGGGAGAAGCUACAAAAUGGCGAGCGAUACCAGAUCAGUGAUGGAGACGACUACAGUACAGAGAAAUUGUCGUCAACUGAGAAUAUGAUAUCUGAUACGUGGUACACCCUGCUGGUGAAGAACGUCCAGGCCAAUGACUAUACAGAGUACUACUGUGUCGCCACCAAUAGGUUCGGAAGAAACGAAACAACCAUCCGUCUCUUCGAGACUAUGGACUGCCAGGGACCGAACUGUCCGUCCAUCAGCCCGGGCGGGGCAAGUGGUGUCAGUGCAUGCGUACUCACAUUGUUCCUGGCUUUCUUCAUCCUUCAUGUCUUCAAAUACUGAUCACUCAUACAAACACAUACACAGCAUAAUAGAGAGAUAGAGAGAUGGUAGGAGGUUAUUAUAGACAUUAGCCGAGACUAAACUCUUCUUAACCACUAAAACAACAGGAGAAAAACUCCUAACAAUCCUCCAGUAGCUCUCUAUAGGGGAUGAUCGAGAUCAAAACAUUAUUUGAUGACGUGAUCGGUAGCGUGACGUCACCGGUUUAAUGUAAAAACUCUGACUAUGCUAUUCCAUGUACCUCAGAAAGAGACCAUUGGGAGUGAAAUUUUACAUGAAAACUUACGUUGCUACUAAAGUCCAUUUGAAUGUAAAUAUAACUUAGGAAUAUUUUAUGGAAUGGUCUUACGGGCCUAUAACACACAAGUUGUAGAUAUUUUAUCAAAUGUUGUUACGGGCCUAUAACACACAAGUUGUAGAUAUUUUAUCAAAUGGUGUUAUGGGCCUAUAACACACAAGUUGUAGAUAUUUUAUUUAAUGGUGUUACGGGCCUAUAACACACAAGUAGAUAUUUUAUCAAAUGGUGUUACGGGCCUAUUACACACAAGUUGUAGAUAUUUUAUCCAAUGGUGUUACGGGCCUAUAACACACAAGUUGUAGAUAUUUUAUCCAAUGGUGUUACGGGCCUAUAACACACAAGUUGUAGAUAUUUUAUUUAAUGGUGUUACGGGCCUAUAACAACAUUGUUAGUAGGUUAUGCAACAUUGUUAGUAGGUUAUGUUGCAUGGCAAGCUAAUAAAAAAAACAUUUCUAGGCUUAAUUUAGUUUGUUAAUUGUAACAAUGUGUGAUCCAGGACUUCAACAUUUUCUGAAACUUAAAUUUAAAAAGAAAUCAAUUACUUUCUUUAUGCACACAUCCUUCCUGCACACACACACAAUCACGCACACACAUACACAGAUACAAUACAUUGUCCAUAAGUAUACACAAUACAUACUUUACAAUGAUAUAUAGACUCCCAUUAUUACUUAUUGUAAAGGUAGACACCAUUAUAAGUAGUGUAUGAGAACAUUUAAUUAAGUCAGAGGGUGCUGGUUGUAAGAUCAGCCGACUCCACUAUAGGUAAAAUUAUAUUACCGAUGAGAGGAUAGUUCUGCCCUCAGGAGUGACCAGGGGCCAGAGGUCAGAGGUCAUCACAGGAAGGACAUGUUAUUAAAUGUUGAUAAACAACACCAGUAAAUAUAGUAACAAAACAUCCGAUUGGACGGUAUCUUACAACACCAGUAAAUAUUGUAACAUAACAUCCGAUUGGACGGUCUGUUAUUGUCUAAAGGCGUGUACUGAGAAUAGUUAUACAGUCAUCAGAUGGUCUGCCACAUAUAAUGUUGUGAUAUCAAUUUUAGUCAAAUAUGAUGUAAAUAGUAAACUCCAUUUAUAUAUACUGUAGAAUCGGAUGUGAAUAUAUACUGUAAAGUCAGAUAUUUUCGUGGGUGGCAAAUUUCGUGGUUAUAAACAUUUCGUUAAAUAUUUAUGGCAUCUGCAAAAUCGAUUUAAAUCCCCUUUAUAGACGUAAAUAAGUCAUUGUAAAUCUUGUAAUAUAUAGUAAGUUGUCACCAGAUGAGUGUCGUGGAUGUACAGAACAUCCAGCCCACCAUAAACUUAAAGCGAAAAUAAAACCACCAUGAAAAUGAACGAUUUUACAGGAACUAUACUGUUUUUGAUCACGUGAUUUAUAUUUUGUAAUAUGUUGUCAAUGUUACUUAAAAAGAUUACAUGUUCGUUAAAUGACUCCUAAGGAUCCAGAACAAUCGGUGAUUGGUGAUAUGCGUUAAUCAAACCUUACAUUGACACGUGUUAAUCAAACCUUACAUUGACACGUGUUAAUCAAACCUUACAUUUAUAUCUGUCAAUGUUUGUGAUGUCCCCGUCUUCCUUAUAUAUUCUGUGUAAUAACGAUCUUUUGAAUCCAAGAUCCUGAUUUUACAGAAUGUACACAUCCGAUUAGAUUUCAAGUAACUUGGGCUGUGUUCAUGAGCGCCUUAAUUGCUUUGAUUGAAUCGGUUACUGUUUCGUACCCAGAUUUAAUAUGUAUUCACAAUGUAGGUAUGAAGUAUAUGUUUUACAUUCCCAACUUUAUUGUACAAAAUGUAUAUAUACGAUAUUUCUCACGAGAACAGAUUAUUUGAGAACUGUUUGUAGAUAUAUCAUGAUUUCAUAGUUAAGUUUACUAUCGUUUGGACUAGGAAAAAACUGACAAAGGGAAUCUUUAUGGGGUUACAUUUCAUCAAUCCAAAGAAACUUAUGUCGCGAGAACACUAGAAGAUCAUUUAUCAGGGUGAAACGCCGAGCGGUUAACAUCCUGACUCGCUACUGUUUUGAAGGGGAGUAUUCCCAGAAUUCCUCUGGUAUGUUCGUCUAUGUUUUCUCUUCUUUAGAAAUAUUUUAACCGGUCGUGUGAUUAUAUUAGAGACAGCUGGUAAAUGAUGUUUUUUUUAUCAUAUAGGCCUUAAGCAUUGAUAUCAUAGUGUGUAUACCUCCUAACAUUACUGAUUUUUUAACACGGUAGAUACAUCAUUUUUUGUACCCUGUCGCAGUGACGUCAUAUGAGCAUAACAAUUAUAAUCAGGCUGAUGUAAAAUGUUACAUAUUUUAUGAAAUUAGUUUUAACAGUAUAUCGCUAUUACAACAUUUUUAUCAAUAUUCCCAUUUAAAAUAACAUUUGUACCUAGUAGAACAUCUUCCCUUUUGAAGGAUUAUUUCUUUUGUUCUUUUCACGUCAUCCAUUUCUGUAAAUUCUAAACAAACACACUAUUACCCGGACCAUUCCCAGACCUAAUCAGCAUAUCGUGCGCAGAGGAAACGAAGGGAAGCCAUUAAUAGAAAGAAUGUAACGCUGUCAAAAAUUACUUUGUAUUUUUCUGUGGUCAUAAUAAUAAUGACAUAUUUUAAUUAUAAUGUGCUUUUAAUUUCAUUAUAUGAGAUGUAACAGAUUUUAUGAGUAUCUCGUUGACCGUGUUCAGAAUGCUUUCACGCGCGUCAAUCCGAGCCAACAAGCGUGAUUAAUAUAAGUUGAUGCAACUUGUUUCACAAUUGUUUUAAAUAAAUUAAAUUUGCAUUCUGAAUAUGCUGUUGUUAAAUACAACGUUUAAAGGGAGGUAACCUAAGUAAAGAGGAAGGGAGAUCGCUACAAUCAAACAUUGUAGGCACAAUCUUACCGACAGAAUCUUCGCACUAGUUUUUUUUUUUUUUUUUUUUAGAUGUAAAUGUUAUAUUUCAAUGACCUCAGAAAUACUUCCAGAUUUUUAAAUUUUACUUUCUUGGCGCAUGUCCUGAUACUUAUUAUUGUUUAUCUUUUAUCUAUGUAUAUCUAUUCAAUUUUGUUUCCGUUACUGAUGCUUAAAUGUUAAGGAAUGAUGAUAUAUUGUGAGAAGGAAAGAGAGAUAUACGUUAUUUUUACUUAUGUUCAUUUCAUAUCCGAUUGACUUUCCUUUGAUCUGAGGUAGUAUUUUACCAAAAUCCUCAGGUUCUUCAAUGAUAUGUAAUAUCAUGCUAUUUUUAUGAAAAUGUUUAUCACGCGCAGAUGGAAGAAACUUCUUUACCUUGUACAACACGUGACCUGGAGUACGAUCUAUAAUAAGACAUUGGGCUUUAAUUCUACAUAUUGUCAAUCUUUAAUGACGUUUUUUUUUCAUUAACAUUCAUUUAUAAUUUCGUAGCGCCGAAUGUUUUAAAGAAAUCGGCUUUCUGACAUUUGAUUUAAUUAUUUUGAUUUAAAAUCCAUAAUUAAAGUUUCAAGAAAAAAAUUCUUUUACCUCAUUGUGGUGCAAUAUAAUGGGACUACUUACUAGUAUAUAACUGAGUAUAUCUUUUGACCUUGUGUGAAGUAAAAACCGAAAUAAGGAGCUGUAAUACACUACCUUACGUGAGUUAGUUCAUGCUGACAAGUUUGUAUAUAAGAUUGUAGAUCAUCUCAUCUCCAGCUCAGACUCGUGUAUAUAUGAUUGUAUAGUUAGGAUUAGUUUAAUGGUUUUCAUUCUAUCUUUAAUGUUUCGUUAUGUUAACGAGACGGUAUAACACAUUGGGCUUCUGCCCUCCUCCUCCCAGAUGUCUUUUCUUCAGUUUAUUUUCUUUCGGCUUAUUUCUAAUGUUUAAGAAAUCUUUUCCCAAGAAAAACACACAAGUGUUAUCAUCUUAUUUUAAUCAUUAUCUGUAACUUUUAUCUUACUUAACAUUUCGAUUCUCCCCUUUCUCUUGUGAUAAAUUAGAGCAAUACGUGUUUCUAUUAUUGACGUCACAAACAAGGUGUCAGUAUUGUACCCAGUACUACCUAACGUAAGUGGUGAUAUUUUAAUCUGAAAUGUAAACUUUCAAUUUAAGGACUGGUAAAGUUGGAUGGUUUCCUACAUCAACAUAAAACACAAAUAAGGGCACAAGUGAUAUUAUUUUACGUAUUGUCCGACUUUAACUUCUAGUUGUUUUGUUCUGGUUCUGUCGUAUUUCUACUACCUGACGUCAGCGUUGACCAGGUAAUAUUUCUUACCAGAUGUGCUACCUUACGUCAUAUACAGGACGUCAGCGUUGGCCAGGUAAUAUUUUCUUACCAGCUGUACUAUUGACGUAAGUUUGACCAGUUACGUGCUUUCUGUACGUUUCAGUCUAAGGACAGGGGAUGUUGGAGUGUUUUCUACAGCAAUAUUAAGUACUGUUGAACUGCUAUUUCUAUGUCUACAAUGUCGUUCAUACUAAACCAUCACUGUAAAUACAUAUCAUUGUAACUAUCCUGUAUGUGUAAUAAAGCCAAUGUUUAAUCACGUGUUUAGCGGGACGAUCAUCUGUAAAUAAUCUGAUUACGUUGCCAUAUUUUUUACCUGUACAUUCCAAUACUUUUAAAUAAAAAUGAUAUAUUACAUACCA